GUGGUAACACGAGUAAGAGGGUAGUUGCACGCGCCUGCCUUCGAAAGGAAAGAUCGCGCUGAGGGGGAGAGAAAGAGAGAGAGAGAGAGAGAUAGAGUGUGAGAGUGCGAGAGUAAAGCGAGAUCAAGAGAGAAAGAAAGAACGAAAAAGAGAGCGCGGCGCCCCUUGCCACCGUUUUCAGUGCUUCAGUCGCGCGACAACGCUCUCGGUCGCUUCAGUCAGUCGGUCGGUGACAAGGCUCCCAAACGUGAUACACGCGCUGUUUCGUGACGUUACGUCGUCCCAUUGAAGGGGAGAGCUAGAGCGAACGAAACGGAUAGAAACUGAACCGGAGAACAAACGAACGAAAUUGUAUCGGUUUUUGAAACAGAUACGCGACAAGCGAGAAAUUACAAUACGCACGAACUCAUCUGAGAGCAACGACUUUGAAGAUUGCUAGUCGCGCUCUUUAAAAUACACGAGACUGUACGAACGGUUCCGAUCGCGGUUCGAAUAUCGAGAAGGCCAUUUUCGUAGCACACGCACGGCUUUUGCACGCGGUGAAAGAAAGCGCGCGCGAGUGAGAUAACUGAUCACCGAGAAAAGGACGUGCGAUUUGAACGCGAGAUUACGGCGGAUAUAGUAGCCGAUACGAUUCCAGUGUACGAACAACACUCACGCGGUGCGUUCCUCAUACACGCAGCGUAGCACGCAGGGGACGGGACGAAAAAAUAAGUAGACGGAGAAGCGAUCACCGGCGAAGCGGCGAUUUUAUUUUUGUACGGUGCAUCGUUGUUUUUCCUACGUACAUUUUCUCGUGGAUUGCGCACGGGAACAGUAUAUUAGACCGCUCCCGGUUUCAUCGAGUGCAGCGGUAUCGUCAUCGUCGUAGUCCUCUCAUCCUAUAUAAUCCAGUGUGUGUGACAGUGCGACACGCGCGCGCGUGUGUUUCAUCGUUUUUCGACCGUUUUCAAUUUAGACUCUGUCCCGCGGUACAUCUCUCUGUUCGACCGUUGAUCGUCGACGAUUAUUUACGAAAAAACGUGCGAGAAAUAGAAAUUGGAAAGACACGGUCUGUGAGAAGGGACGCGAGACCAUCGACAACGACUAUCAUCCGGGGAAAAUAGUGAAAAUCGGUGAACAAAUAAACUGUGAUCAUACCUAUCAGUGCGCACGUACAUACGUUCGAUUGACUUUGUCGGUGCGAAACGAAACGCGACACUUUAGUUGAAUAAAAUGCCCACUAGUUUGUUCAGCGAAAUGGACCGCGGAGCGAACGGCGGUGGCACCGCAUCGCUCGAGGAUCAACGAGCCCUGCAGUUGGCACUAGAAUUGUCGAUGCUUGGCUUAGAAGGUACGCCCGGUUGUCCAGGUACCGGCACAGGGACCGGCAACGGAACGACCAACGAUCCGGAUCCUUUGCAAACGACACCGGCAGGCGUUUUCGAAGAGGCACGCUCUAAGAAAAGCCAGAAUAUGACCGAAUGCGUGCCGGUGCCCAGCAGCGAACACGUGGCGGAGAUUGUCGGCCGACAAGGUUGCAAAAUCAAAGCACUCCGGGCAAAGACCAACACUUAUAUCAAGACUCCGGUCCGCGGCGAGGAACCGGUGUUUGUGGUGACCGGACGCAAGGAGGACGUGGCACGCGCAAAGCGCGAGAUUCUCUCCGCGGCGGAACACUUUUCACAGAUACGCGCAUCGCGCAAAAGCUCGUUGGGUGCGUUGUUGGGCGCGCCACCCGGACCACCGGCGUCAGUCCCCGGCCACGUAACAAUCCAGGUACGAGUCCCGUACAGAGUCGUCGGUCUCGUGGUAGGCCCGAAAGGCGCCACUAUCAAGAGAAUCCAGCAUCAGACGCACACCUACAUAGUGACGCCCAGUCGCGACAAGGAGCCGGUGUUCGAAGUCACGGGACUUCCAGAAAGCGUUGAAGCCGCGAGACGUGAGAUCGAGGCCCAUAUAGCUCUUAGAACCGGAACCGGAACUACUAUCGACGAAGCCGAAUUGUUCAACGUAUUGAGUCGCAGCGGAUUAAGUUCCAUCCUCUGCUGCCUCGAUCCACCAGGCUCAAACGGUUCAAAUGGCUCGAACGGGUCUAGCGGAGCAUUUUCCAGCAGCGGGAGCUGCAGUAGCUCGUCCAGCAGUUCCGGCGCGCCCGGCUUGAACGAUCUCGUUGCCAUUUGGGGCGCGGGCAUGGAAAGGGACGAGGGACUGGGUGAAUCGCCAUCGUUUGACUCCCAGGCGGCGUCUGCUUCUUCGAUUUGGUCGUUCCCGAGCGUUGCGCUACCUUCAAGACCAUCACCGCCGGCUUCGGCAAGCCCUACAUCGCCGACAGAUUCUUUGCUCGGCGGUGGUCGACGGGAAUGCGUGGUGUGCUGCGACAAGGAAGUCACCGCCGCUCUAGUACCCUGCGGGCACAAUCACUUCUGCUUGGACUGCGGCAAUCGGGUCUGCGAGAGCUCCGACCCCAGCUGCCCGAUCUGCAACAGGCCUGUGCUGCAGGUGCUACGCAUCUUCUCUUAAAUCGUCGAGGACGGACAUCUGUCCCAAGGCUCUUUUCGCGUCGCAACACCUGGGUAUAGCGGCUAUACACACCCGGAUUCACAACACAUAGAAACAUUUCGAACUCUAGGCCCAACCAGGAAUGGCGGCGCCGGACAACGCCCACCACAUCCCGAAUCUUUCCGUACGCGAUAAAACGAAGAAAAAUGAAGCUCGUGUACCCCGAUCGUCCCGGCCGUAGGAAACCACGUCAUAAUAAUAUUAAUAAGAAGAAGAAUAGGAAUAAUGAUAACAAUUUCCUCGCGGCCACGUCGUCGGGGAAGCGGACGCGCACAAUGUUCUCAAUUCCACUGCUGCCAAUUAUAACCAUCUUCUAACACACGCCGGGAAUGUCCCGAUAAAAUGAAUAUAAUUAUUAACGCUAACUUGUCGCGUCGUUCCCGCCGACCGGAUACAACGAAGUCAGCUUUUAAGUUCUACGAGAAUACAUGGAACGUGAGAGAGUGAGAGUGAGGAAGUAACAGACAAAAACACAUACUCGCUCAUAUUGUAUAUGUAUAUAUUCACUAUCAUCUCGUCUUUUCAUACAUCCUAUAAUCGCGUAACGUAGUUGAACGUCGUCGAACUCGCAGGGUUACUCGUGGCAGAAUCGCGAUCUGAUUUAUCCACGGAGGACGAAUAACGUGACGGAGAGCAUCUGAGGGACACGGGUUGCUUUUGAAAUUCAUAGACGGUUGCGUAUUGUGGGAGAAGCGUUUCGUUUGAUUUGCCGUUUAUGGGAUUGCCUUCGGACUAUUGGAAAAAGUUUAUGAUGCGCAGCAAUCGAUAGUUCGUAGCGCCGAGAUGCUAUUCUUGAAUCUUUUAAAUCACGAGAUCUAAGCACGUUGCUUAUUGAUUAUUGCAACGUUUAAUUUUGACUAACAGUCUCAUUCACGGCGUGUUUUUCUAUAAUUGUACAUACAAGUUGAUUUACAACACCUUAGUUGGGUGCUAUUUUGUUAUUUGAUUUCUCGUUACGAGUAUUUUGAAUAAAAUCUAUUUAGAUAUAUAUGUUUGACAAUCCAUGUACGCCAAGCUAGAGUUUUUUAAAUUAUUUUAUAUUUAAUCAUUCUCUCAUUGUACGCAGCUUAUUAUUAGCUGAGAAGUCGAAGUCGUAAUUUUUAUUACAUAUUUCCACCUGAAAUGUUAUGAAUACUAUAACGAAGGUGCUUGUGAAUAUUGAUAAACUAACAAUACAAUAAUUAACAUAACAAACUCUAUUUUUAUUUACAAAGUCGUCACCAUAAAUGUCCGUUUUGAAACUUAAUGAAAAUUACUGCCUUCGAUUUCUGCGAUACGGAAAAGCUUUCUAACGCUUCGAAGACGCAGUUGCGGUAGAGGUCAUUCGCUCUCUCGAUCGUUAAGCUCUUUCGCGACCACGUGUCAGCUUAACACCAAAGAUGGCCGCGUGCGAAUAGCUGAUUACAUUCUAUAACAUCAAGUUAUCUGUUUUCCUUUUUCCUUACAAAACUAACGAUAUGAAUCUCAAUGAAGAUACUUAAAAUGUUUUUAAACGUUUAGAAAUAGUAAAUCACGUGAUCGUGAAAGAGCAAAAAUUGCGUGAAAAUGUGAUGAAGUUAAAUCGUGCAUCCUCUUAUAGUUAUGAAUCCGAAGUUUCUUUAUUAGAAAACCUAUCGAUUUUUUCUGAUCGGUAAAUGCAGCGAAAUGUAAUGUUUGGUUCAACACUCAAUAUUCACAUUUCAGAAUAUUAUCACUAAAGAGACUAAACUAUCGGUGGAUGUAUCGACGUUAGGGACUUCCGGAACUUGCGAGCCUCGUAAUCCCCAAGCGAUUACUGAAAAUAUAGCCCACACAUUUUGACGUAACUCACACUCACCACUCACUUUACACGAACAGAUACACAUACAUGAAAAGGCAAUUAGCCGAUUUCAUAAUCUCAUAGGCACAUCGUCGUACGAAGGAUUUAAAAAAAAAAUUAAAAAAGGUGAAAGAAAUUGAGGACGAACAAGAUGGAAUAGGGUAACUAGUCACGUGUCCCUCGAUCCAGUACGCACUAACUACUUAUAUAGAUAGUAUUAUUAAAGAAAAAAAUUUUUUAAACGGCGUACCCGUUCCACCCAGCAUCCCCUCGCUGCUAGAGUAUCACCUUACCUUUAUAUAAGUGACAUAGCAAUUGAAAUAAUAAUAAUAUUAAUAAUAUAUAUUAUAUAUAUAAACAAACAUAAAUAUAUAUAUAUAUAUAUAUUUACGGUGUCAGGAAAAAAGUCUGACGAGCGGUGAGAAGAGGGAUAUUUUAUCGAGGAGAUUUAGAUUUUGUAUUUUUCGCGCGUUUCGUCGUAGGGACGACGGGUGGUCGGGGACGGCUUUACGCGCACGCCGUUGCGUGGAAGAAAAAGAUUAACUAAGAGUUCUAUAAAAAAUAAAAAUAAACAAAAAAAAAACAAAAAAAAAGGAGAAGAAAAGGUCAGGAAAGAAACGGCGUUUAAAGGGAAACAAAAUGUUUUAAGGCGAACGGUGAAUCGCGGGACUGCGUGAACUGGCUUCUCCCUGUAUAGUUGAAAGGACGGGAAUAACAGGAAGAAGUAACGGAACAAAAGGAAGAAGGAAAAGAUAUGUUCGGUCGAUGGCCACGAGAUGCGGCUGACUUUUUACACUCUGUAAGUGUAUUAUUCGAGUCCUAAGUAAUAAUUCGAGAGUAAUAAUUCGUUCUUUCAAAGAGAGAACUAGAAACCAAUGUAUCUUUCACAGUAAAGAUCGACGAGCCGUGUACGCAUUUAGCUUUUCUUUGAACAAUCGUAAUUACAUUGUAACUGCAUCAUUAAUAUAAUAUCGCGUAUAUAUAGAUCGAAUCGCUAUUUAUCGAUACGUGUCACUCUACCGCGACUCUCUCUGGAAACGAUUGCGUCCUUAGAGGAAGGACGACCGCGCUUUUUCGUUCGCCAUUUCGUCGUAUCCCUUUUUUCCCCUUCGUCCUUCCUCGUGGAUGACCUCGUGGACGAAUCUCGUGAUGUCAAAGAACCACAGUACUCAUACCUCGAUUCACAAUGAGAGGGUGGCCGGUACGUGUCUUUAAGUUGUCCUAUAUCUCUCUUUGUAUUAUCCCCUUUUUUCCACCGAAAUGUUAUACAUCCCUAUUGGGUUCUUUUUUUUCUAUUUGGACGAAGAAGCGUUAAGUUGAUAUAAAAACUCGUUCUUUCAUCUCUACGUUUUUUUAUACAAUAUUUAUGCUGACUUCGUUUUCUUCUGUCCUCUUCUGCUUUUUUCUUAUUUUCGUGACUCGCAUGACAACUAGUUUCCAAUGCGAUCUUUUUUUCCGUCGUCUUUCGUUUUUCAUUUCCUUCGAUUCUAUCGUCGAAAAUACUUCUUGUCAAUCGUUGCCAUUUUAAACGAAGAUAUAUGCUCAAGUCGCAGCUUCGAACAAGUCGCGGUAUAUUAUAUUAUUAAUAACGUAUAUUAUACAUGUAAAGGUAUAUAUAUUAUAUAUAUAAUACGCGUCAUCCAGUCCUUCCAGACGGAUAACCCGAUAGAAGAAGAUAUUUUUUAUCGAUCGUUCGAGUUGCAGCUCUGUGUAGGGGGUGUCUCGGUAGUUUCUUCGCCCAGACUAUACCCCUCUUCCCACCCUUUCGUUCUUUACUUUUUCAUUAAUAUUAUUACUAUUAUUAUGUAUUUUAUAUUUUUUAUAUUUCCUUUUUGUUGAAUCGUUUCAGGUGUCCUCGUUCGCCGUGUGUUUCGUUUCGAUUGUUUUCUCUAUCAACCAAUCGCGUAUCCUUAUACCUUCUCGUUUAUCUUCGUUCGAAACAAGCAAAGACUUAGGAUAAAUUCUUCCUUCUUGUCAAAAUACUCGUUCUCUUUAUGAGAUGUCGAUUAGCCCAGAAUUAACAGACUUAAAUGGAAGUACACGUGCAUAAACAGUAAUGUGCAGUAGCGGCAAAAAGUAUUUGCACGUUCUUAUUAAAUUUACUUCAGCAUUGCUCUAUGUUGAUCAAUUGAAUUAAAAUGUGUUAAUGUCUUGUAUUGUUUAAUAUAUGUACAUAAUAUAACGGUUAGAAACUUUUUGUUGGAGGAUUUUUGUAGACACGCAUACUCUUUGUAGCUACUGUACGUUCAUUCGACUUUCGCAUAUAUUCGUAUAAUAUGUAUAACAUUUAUCCUGUGUUGCAACACCAAACAUCACUCAUCCGACCGCAGACUUGAUCACACCUACACACGCUCAUGUUCACGUUUACAUGUACAUAUGUACAUACACACUCAAACGAAUGACACGCAUGCGAACGCAAUCCGACAUGUACACGCGCACGGACAGCAUAUACACACCGAAAUAUAGUAAUAUAAAGGAAAGGUCGUAUAUGUAUAUAUGUAUGUGGAUAUGCAUAUGCAGACAUAUAUGUGUAUAUGUAUGUACGUAUACGGACGCUACUAUAUGUAUCUAUUCUAAUCGAAGUACGAGAAAGGGAGAGUGAGAAAGAGAGAGAAAAGUUUAUUAUAUUUAAGUUCGAGGCAAAGUGUGUAAAUUCUAUAUUUUUUCUAUGUUAAGUAUAAAUUCGAGAGAUUGUGAGAGAGUGAUGAUAUAUAAACAUAUAUUAUAUAUUAUUAUAUAUUAUUAUUAUAUUAUUAUAUUAUAUUCUAUAUAUAUAUAUAUAUAUACAAACACACACAUAUAAACUAUAUUUAUAGGUAUUCUCUUUAGCAUCUACGUUCCGAUAUACGGGGACGCCGCCGCGAAAAAUAUUAAUAUGAAGGAAAAAAAAGAAAGAGAAAACGAGUUAGAAAAACGGCCGGCGUGCUUGUACACGAAGAUAAUCUAGAUCAUUAUGCCCAGAUAAUCUGCCGUUUAACUUUGCUGCUAUAAAGUCUGAUCUUAUUUUCGCAGCUUGAGGGAUCGGGAACGGGGGCAGUGUGUGGGCGGAGGCGCGGAGAAAGUGCGCGUGCGACGAGAAACAAAGAAGAAUUAACAUUGAUGCUAAUAAGAAAAUACGGUCGCGAGUUUAUUAUGCGCUUCUUGCGUUCUCUCUUGCUUCUUCUUCGGCAGGAUUUUCGCAAACCGUUUUUAGAACGCGCGGAAGGAGCCGUAAAUAUUCUUUUUCCCCGCGAAACGGAUAGGGAGACUCGUCGAUUAACGAGAAAUAGACGGACGAAAACCGUCUCGCUUGAAAGCAGGAUAGAAGAAAAUGAACAAAGGGGAAACUGAUGGUUUCUCGCGAGAUGUAUUAACGUAAGAGGUGAACAAUCGAGAAGUACGCAAGGCAAGAAAAUAAAUAAUAAGAAAGUGGUUGCCGGAACUCGGACCGCGUAUUGUAUGUGCGUGAAAGGAAAAUCUGCGUCAGAUCGGUGUACAUGUAAAUUGUAUGUCAUAGGACGAAGCGUUGAUACAAGUCCAUCGAUGAUAAUUUCCGUAGCCGUGGCUUCUUUCGGGUCCCGAGAUACCCUUUUAGGUGUCAAUGAUCGAUUAACUACGUGUAACAGAACUCGAAUCACCGGAACAGCUCGUUUGCUGAUCAUCUCGAAUGAUUCACGCGCCGAGGAAAUCGGCGGUAGUUUCCUCAAUCGUACGAAAAUUGUUCGUUACAACGCAGUCUUCCCUUCCCCCGACGCGUCAUCACGUCUGGAUUAAGAUUUCUCAACACUCAAGUUGAAAAUUGAGAUCUUUACUGGAUGUUUUAUAAAGUCUGGAUACUUCUUUUGACGAAUACUAAGUAAGCUUUCACCGUAACGUAAUUUCUCUUAACCAAUUGCCUGUCAGAUUUUUUCGAAAAAUGCUAUAAAUUGUAUAUUUUCUAAUGAAUUUAAUUGAAUGAAAUGGAUGUAUAUUUUAUUUAUUUUAGCCUUAAUAAGAGUCACGGCAGGUCAUUGGUUAGGCACAAGAUUCUGACUUAAAACUAUUCCUUGAUACGGAACUGUGAUUCCGGAAAACGAUAACAGGAAUUCGGGAUAUCGAGUUUCGUUGCGCGUGGUAGUAACUACGAAUAAAACGGGCCCAAACAUGUCGAGAACCUCCGCUAGACUUUGGGACAACUAAUUGUUUAAGAUAACACUUAAAACGAUCUAUCGAACGCGCCAGGUAGCCUUCACUUUGGCCGAGGUUCCGACACACAUCGCGGCGUAGUCGGCGUCAUCGUUCCUCAUGAUCGUAAUCAUUAUUCAGUCCCAUUCGAUGAAUAUGCGACUCAUCAACUACUUGUGAUACAUGGGUGGGUCGCGUUCUAUUGUGAAACAGCUAACGAGUGGAAUAUUUACCGAGUGGAACUCUAGAGAUCUCUGUACGAUCGUUCACCGCAUACUUGUUUUCUACAAUUUCUACCAGAGCAAUAAAAGAUUCGAAAGAUUUUUGACGUGACAGGAAGUCGUAAAAAUAGCAUAACGCUUUAAAAUUAGCAGACGCCAGCAACCGUUAAUAUAAUUAUCCACAAUUUUCCGGAAGCGGGUUCAUCAGUUCUAUUCUUGAUUAUCUUAAUUUCUCACUUGUUCCCACCGACAAUAUCGUCGUGAUCACCUUUUUCCCGACUUUUUUAAAGAAUACCUUUAUAGUUAAAUAGAAUUUCUCGAUAGUCUUCAUCGAUUAGGUUAGAUUAGAUUUAUCAGUUAAGUUCGAAGUUGGGAAAAAGUGGUUGCGACAAUCUGAUUCAUCCUACCGUUGGACUGAAUCCGCGAGUCAGGGUGACGAUCGUUCUGAGAAUUAUCAUCAUCAUUUCGCUUCAUAAUCGUGAUCUCGCGACGAAUUUUAAUCGUGCACCAUCAUAUCGAGAAUGUGGAAGGGAGACGAGACUUUGCAGUGCCAUACGUGAAUUAAAAGUCGUUCUCUGCUCAUCAUAACAGCUAUUAGUCUUCUUUAAUGAUAAAGGCUUAGAAUCAUUUGCUUGUAUCGCUAAAGAUAGAAAUGGAUUAAGUGGACAUUUUAGGGAUGUAGGAUCAAAAGAUUAGUUUAGUUAGCGAGGGAGAUGUUCAUUUUUCAUCCGGGCAUUUUAAAUAAUCGCAUGACUCACCCACGAAGCAAUUUCGAUACACAUCAACGAGAAGAUUGUCUAAUUUCCGGAUCAAUAAGUGAGAGAAAAAUCUUGAUUUUGAAAAUGCGGAUGAGAUAAAAAAUAGUAUAUUGUCUUAUGGAAGCAUUCCCCUUUCUGCGAGAUGCGAAUCGCCGACACUGUCUGACCUAUGAGUUCCUUCUUCACUUAACAUUGCGUUCAACCGUUCUCAGUGGAGGCAGUCGACGACGUGUCAGACAUACAACUGCGUAUGCUUGCGGCGUGACGUGAUCUUUCUUUUCCCCGUUUGUCUUUCGACUCGAACAUAUUCUAUUUUAUUCCGUUUCUUAAUUGUUUAUGCGCUUUCGAGAGAGAAUUAUUAAAUAAGUAAAUUAUGUAAAGAUAAUAUACAGAUAUAUAUAUAUU